AUGGUACGUUAUGGUGUACUGUCGUCCUUGUUCUUUUUGGUCUUCCACACUAACAUUGGACUAUCUGAAUCUGGUGGAUCUUCCAAAUAUAUAUACGGAUCUAGAUGUAAUGCAUUUGCUGAUAUUGUCUUUGCCGUUGAUGAUUCCGGAAGUAUCGGCUCCAAGUCUAACUUCGAUACUAUGAAACAUUUCAUGAAGAACGUGGUAGGAUCGUUUUCAAACAUCGGUGACGAUGGUGCUCGUUUUGCUUCCAUGUGCUUUGCACAGAAUGUAGUGAACCAUUUUCAUCUAAACAAGUAUAAAACAUGUUCAUCUUUACAGAACGCUAUAUUGAAAAUCCCUAACAGGAAAGGACAUGCAACUGCUAUUGGUACAGCCUUACAGUAUAUAAGGACUGUGAGUUUGUCAGCCACAUACAGCAGAUUUGCAGCAACUAAGAUAGUAAUCAUGUUCACAGACGGCGUCAAUACUAAAGGACCAGACCCUAAAGUAGAGGCACAGCGGCUUAAAAACGAAGGUGUCUUCAUUAUAGUUGUUGCUAUUGGAAACCGUGUCAGUCUACCAGAUUUAAGGAUGAUAGCCUCCCGACGAGAUUUUGUCUUUAAUCCUUCAGACUUUAACCAACUUAGAGCACUUCUUGUAAGGUUAAUGAGAGUAAUAGGUCGAAUUACUAAUAUUGGACAUCGUGGAUCACCAGGAUUACCGGGCCCUAAAGGUCCAAGAGGACCAGAUGGACCUGCAGGAAAAAAAGGACCAAAAGGACCAGAAGGAGCAGAUGGGAUGAAGGGAAAACAAGGCAAAGUAGGACCACGGGGAAUUAGAGGACCACCCGGGGGCAUUGGACCACCAGGACCUAAGGGACAACCUGGUGCUCCAGGGGACGCAGGAAGAAAUGGCAAACCAGGAAAUACUGGACCAGAUGGACCAACAGGACCAAUAGGAAGUCCUGGGAAAAAUGGAGAUGAUGGUACACCAGGAAAUCCGGGGGUAGAUGGAAAGCAAGGGGCUCCAGGUCCCCAGGGAAGUAGAGGUCAACAAGGGUCUAAAGGCUCUAAAGGAAAUGAUGGUCCCGUUGGACCUAUAGGUCCUGUAGGUCCACCUGGGACCAAUGGCCAAAAUGGGGCAAUAGGAGAACAAGGUCCACCAGGCAGACAGGGACCGAAAGGUGACAAGGGACCCCGUGGACCAAAAGGACAAAAAGGAAAUAGAGGUCCACCAGGACCAAUAGGUGAUCCAGGGGACAAAGGACAAAAAGGGAAAAUUGAAAUUAUUGUUGUUGAACAAAAGGGCUACCAACCAGUAAAAGAACAAAAUCAGUACCCGUACCAAUAAAGUAUAUACCUUAUAUUCUGAAAGCAGGACAAUCACUUACAUGUGAUUUUUGUAGACAACAUAUAUCAGAAACCUUUGGUCUCUGUAUCGGAUAUUAUAUUCUAAAAUAUAUAAUAAAAACAAUAGACUAUCUU